UCUCUUAUAUAAAUUCUCUGUUGAGGACGAUGAUAAACAGAUUACAGAUUACAGCUGAAAAGUAGAUACAGAGAUCAAAGAGGAGGUGACUGACUGUAAGCAGAGAACACAGCAAUUUUUUUUUUUAAAAAAUGGGUGGGAAAAUCAGCAUGGCUGCAUUUUUUGUAGUUUUGGCUGCAAAUGUGUUGCAGAGUACGUAUGGUGCAACUUAUAAGGUGGGUGGCUCCACUGGCUGGCGAGUCCCUACCAAUAUUGAUUUUUACGAAGAUUGGGCUGAUGAUAAAGUCUUCGUUGUUGGGGAUGCUCUUGUUUUCAACUUUACUACUGGAAAGCAUAAUGUUGCAGUGGUGACCGAAGCUGCUUACGAGGCGUGCAACACCACCGAUACUAUAACUAUCAUAUGCGACGGACCGGCAAGGAUUACCCUUAACAGGACCGGCAAUUUUUACUUCAUUUGUGCUGUCCCCGGUCACUGUUCCGGCGGGCAAAAGCUCAGGGUCGAAGUCAGAAAUGGGAACCGCCACGCUGCUGCUCCCGCACCUGGACCAAUGCCCAAUAGUAAGCCUCCGAGCGCCGCCACGCCGAGCCCCACCCCGCAUGGAACUUCAAGUCCUCCUCGUCCGAGCGCCACCCCGCGUGGAACUUCAAGUCCUCCUCCUCCAAGCGCUACCCCGCCUGGAACUUCAAGUCCUCCUCCUCCGAGCGCCGCCACGCCUGGAACUCCGAGCGCCACCGGGCGUGGAACUUCAAGUCCUCCUCCCGAGGCCAACUCAGCUUCUCUCCUUGUUGCUACUCUCUACCCUAUCUUGUACUUGUCCAUUGCCUUAGUCAAAGAACACAGAAAAUUUUCAAUGAGUGGGAAAAUCACCAUGGCCAUGGCUGCACUUUUUGUAGUUCUAGCUGCCAAUGUGUUGCAGAGUACAAAUGGUGCAACUUAUACAGUGGGUGACUCUACUGGCUGGAAAGUCCCUACCAAUAAUGAUUUCUACGAUGAUUGGGCUGAUAACAAAAUCUUCGUUGUUGGGGAUGUUCUUGUGUUCAAUUUCACUACCGGACAACAUGAUGUUGCAGAGGUGACGGAAACUGCUUACGAUGCAUGCAACACUGCCAAUACUAUAUCAACCGUCAGCACCGGACCGGCAAGGAUUACUCUUAACAGGACCGGCGAUUUUUACUUCAUUUGUGCUUUCCCCGGUCACUGUUCCGGCGGGCAAAAGCUCAACGUCGAAGUAAGAAAUGGGAACAACCGUACCGCUGCUGUUCCCGCACCUGGACCGAGUCCCACCACCACGCCUGUAGCUACCAGCCCCACCACCAGUACGCCUCCGACCGCUGCCACGCCCACCUCGCCUGGAACUCCGACCGCCACCGCGCCUGGAACUUCAAGUCCUCCUCCUGGGACCAACUCAGCUUCUUCCCUUGUUUCUACUCUGUCUCCUGUCUUCUUCAUGGCCAUUGCCUUAGUUUUGAUGUGCUAAUUAUGCUAUUAAUUCCAUUUUGCACUUUUUGUUAUUUGGUGUUAUGUGAGAUGAGAUCCAUUGUUUUACUAUGAUAGUGAUAAUCAUAUUUGUAAUGUUAUUUGGUAUUUGAAUAAUUUUUAUUCAUUUUUCCACAUACAUAUCAUUUUAUUUUAUAAAAUUAUGGUAAAGUUUCUGUAUUAAAAA